AUAUAUGUAUAAAGUAGAAGGGAGGGAUUAAAAUUGCCUAUAAUUUUCUAAUCCAAAAACAUUUUACAAUUCCGACAAAAAUAAAUAGAGUAUGGGAAUCUCACUGUAUUAUAUAUUGAGGUCUACGUUACUCAUGUAUGAUAUAUUAAAUACAGUAGGAUCUACAUGAUGUGUCUAUCUCUUUUCAAUAUAAUACAAUCUUGCUUUGGAAUAAAAUUUAGAAAUAGUAUUUUUGUUUUUAGUUUGAAUGUAUCUAAGAUAGGACUUGGUUGAAAGUCAUAGAAAGUUAGGCGACACAUUAAUUAACUAGAAAAAUGAUUUACUAACAAUAUUUUACACAAUUAUAUUUUAAAUUGGGGAUAUUUUUAUAAGAUAUUUUAUAAAAAUAACAUUAUUUUACAAAAAUAUUCUCAUCUUACCAACAUUAUUGUUAAAUGUGUGGUGAAAAUGUAUUGGGUAUCCUUCCUCAAUUAAGUAUUGAAAGACAAAAAGCACACCCACAAUAAGCCAUUAAGGUUCGCUACCGAAAAAAAAAAAAAGAGGAAUAAGAUCGCUGACCACCCUCAAGGAAUCGAUGGUCCUGCCAUCCCAAGAGGCAAGAGGAGUAGCUACCACUUUGCGGGUUGGCGAGAUUCACCUUGGCCAGAGUAGACCGCCACCAUCCCAGGUUAGUCUAUUCUAGGGUAGUUGGACCGAGGGACCACCCCUUAAAAUCACGUGCCGGUGAACUUCUAGAAAGGGUCAAAGCUCAAUACGGCGCAUCUUUGUAUUCAUGUGCCUAUCAUAAAGUUUUCCUUGCCCGUGUCUCAGAAUCUGAAGAAGCCAAAUAAGACCCGGCAAUGGCAUGUCGACACGACCAGUUCAGUCCAAUCUCCCUCUUUUUAGCCAUUCCAUUCAACAAUCUUUAAUUUUCAAUGGAAGGUUGGGGAGUACGCAUAAGGCCAACAGUUGUUUUGGUCGAUGACUUUGUUGACGCGCUGAAGCAGUUCUCUUUAUGCACUGAGAGUCUUGGUUGUGUACAAACUUCUAUUUUUAAGAGCAUUCAUGGAAAUAUGAUUGUAUGGUAUGGAGCAUGGCUGAAGAAAACUUCUGAAAACAAAGAGUUAUUAUGUUCCAUCCUUAUGUCAAUGUUGACAAAUAUAUCAAACAUGGCUAUCUUAAUUGAGCAUGGCUUCUUUGAUGCAUACGCUGGAGAAUCAAGAGAUGCCAGCUCCUUGGCCAUGAUAUUUCACACGGGUGACAUAAUAUCCAUGAAUGCAGCAGUUGGUUCUGCUGCUGAUGCUGAUCACCUAGAUGACCUCUCUUAUACAACCUUAGCGUUAUUCAAAUCUGCUUUUCUAAAGAUGGAAGGUGUUUCAUCUGGAGUUUGCUUGAAAUCCCAAGUGAGGCCAAGAGUGGCAUGUCUCUUUGUGUGGAAGUCAAUCCAAUUUUGUUACUCAUGGGUGCUAAACUCAGAUCAUAAAAGAUCAAUGCUGCCUUAUUUUAAUCGCUUUUCUCUCGAUUGCAAGUAUGACAUGUUUCGGGUUGUCUAUGUUGGUGGUGACAAUGUACCAAGUUUGCAAUCUUUCCCUGCUUCUCAGAUGUUGGAAAAUGCAGGAGGAAGCAAAGAAGAAGGCCACGUCAUACAAAGUUAGAAAGAAAAAAAUUGCUGUUAGGAUGCAAACCCUUCCUGCAUAUUUUGUUGCAAUGUAGAUAAAUUUUGUUGGCUUCAUAUUGUCCACUCGUGUUGAGAACUAGUGGAGGGCUGACAUGUUACUUUUGCAAUUGUGUUAGAUAUAUAUGGAGAGCUUAAAAUGGGCGAUAUUCAA